AGUAAAUAGUGCAGGUAAACAUGUGAUGUAGUGUUCUCAUCACUGAUUAACUUUUAACCUAAAAACAACGGCUACACAGAAACGCCACCAAUGCAGCGGCUACCACAUUGCAAGACAAAGGAUGGCCAGAAUACGACAUGUUAUAAGUACAGUGUUGUUACUAGCGUGGGUUUCCAUGGUGAUAGCCCGUGAUCCGGUGUACAGUAAUGAGUGGGCUGUGCAGGUGGUGGGGGGGCAGCAAGAGGCAGUCAGACUGGCAGACAAACAUGGCUUCACGUAUGGCGGGAAGAUAUUUGGUGACUACCACCUGUUCAGACACAGCCAUGUCUCAAGACGCUCCACAAGUGCCAGCCACCAGAAACACCACGGGCUGCUUCAAGAAAACUCUGUGAGCUGGGUAGAGCAGCAGGUGUGGAAAGAGAGAGUACCUAGAUCAGGACGGGUAACUCUGAACGUGUGUCUCAACGAUCCAGACUGGCCCAAACAGGAGUGGUACAUGAACAACUGUGCAGGUUUGGACAUGCAUGUGACGGGUGCGUGGCUCAGAGGGUACCUGGGAGAGGGGGUUAAUGUAGCCGUGGUGGACGAUGGACUACAGACUGACCAUCCCGACCUCAACUAUGAUGCGACCCUGAGUACAGAUGUGGUGGAUGGAGACAGGGACCCCUCACAUCCUGCAGACUCUACUGGACAUGGUACGAAGGUAGCAGGAGUGGCCACAGCCAUCGCUAACAACAGUCUGUGUGGGGUGGGCGUGGCACCACAGGCACGGGUGGGAGGUAUCAGGUUACUGGACGCAGCCCUAACGAGCGACGUUAACGACGCCCAAGACGCGCAGGCGUACACCUUUGGGCAGGACAGUGUGGACGUCUACGUCAGCUCCUGGGGACCGAACGACUUCGGCGAGGUGGACGGACCGGGAACGCCUGCUCAAACUGCUCUGAGGAACGGAGCAACAACUGGUAGAGGAGGUAAGGGGAACGUGUACAUUUUCUCCUCCGGGAACGGCGGCGGCGGCCAGUACCCAGACUCCUGUGCCUUCGACGGUUUCGUGAACAACCCCUACAGUCUGGCGUUCGGUUCCGUGUCUGGUACGGGAAGGAGGGCCGCCCACAGCGAGGCAUGCAGCGCACUCAUUGCCUGUGUGUACGCUGAGGACAGGAACAAUCCUAACGGCAACAAAAUGGUGACGACCAAGACCACCAGUGAGUGCACAGAUGAUUUUUUCCAGUCCUCAGCAGGAGCUCCCAUAGCAGGCGGGAUCCUGGCUCUGGCUCUUAAUGCAAAUGGUGCGUUGACCUGGCGUGACCUGAAGCACCUGAUAGUCCAGACAUCGCAGCCUGACGUCAGACUGACCAGCUCGGACGCUAACGACUGGACAACCAAUGCUGCUGGACACAGAGUGAGCAGUUAUUUUGGGUUUGGACUGCUGGAUGCCUCCAGGCUUGUAGACGCUGCCCGUACCUGGACCACUGUACCUGCCUUACAGACUUGUGAGAUGGUCCACACACACACAGCACCCGGGUUGCACAUCCCCCAGACAGGCAACCUGACCUUGACCGUGGACUACAGUUCAAGGUCGUGUGCGGGGGUGAACAUCAGGUUCCUGGAGGCAGCCGUGCUGACCUUGGACUACAACUUCUACCCUAGAGGUCACCUUGAGGCGACCUUGACCUCGCCUUUGGGUACAAGGUCACUCAUGUUGAGACGGAGAGAAGUGGACAUCAUUCCCGGCCCCCCUGUGGUGGAUCAGGACUUCAUGAGUGUUCAGUUCUGGGGGGAAAACCCGACAGGGACAUGGACGUUUCAACUCAGGAACUACUACCCUAGUACAGCAGGGAAUGGCACCCUGAACAAGUGGACCCUGACCUUAUAUGGCACAGAGACGGAUCCGAUGGGGGGGAACAGCCUGCCUGCUACACCUGGCACCACCUGUGUGUCGGACUGCUCCAACGCCAGCCUGGUACUCCCCACUCCUGCCGCUACACUCCUGUCAUCUACACUGCUGGCUAGUACUGUGGUGGGGGCCGCUAGCGGGGGGAGUUCGCUAACGGGGGGGAACAUGCUCGGGAUUCUGGUGGCUUCUGUAUACCUCAUUCUGUAACUAGAAACUUUCUGUGUUUAGAGUUAAAACUUUAGAUCCAACACGAAAAGUUUUCUCACCGAGAGCUUUCGACCAGUCACUCUG